AUGGGUAAUUCUGGGGGCCUUGUUGUUGUGUGGAAGGAUGAUGCCUUAAAAGUGGAUGACAUCUUUGUUACCACCCAAGGAAUCAAUUCAAUUAUCAAGGUAAAUAACUCUAAUGUUCAAUGGUUCUUUUCAACUAUUUAUGCUAGUAAUAACCUUGCUGAUAGAAAAACCCUUUGGGAUCAACUUUGCACUAUGUCAGACAAUAUUAGAGACACUGAUAAAUCGCUAGUGGGAGGGGACUUUAAUGAAAUUCUUAAGGCCUCUGAUAAGUUUGGGGGAAAUAAUAUUAACUUUAAUAGGGAUUCAAAGGUAGCAGAUUCACCUGGACCAAAAAAAGAUAUAGGAAUAGGCAAAAUCUCAUUCUUGAAAGACUUGAUAGAUGUUUUGCAAAUAAUGCCUGGAUCAAUCUCUACCCAGAUGCAUAUAUUAGAAACAAUGUGGUGUAGCCACCCCAACUUUAAUAAUAUGGUUGGGGAACACUUUGAAUUCUCCCAAGACCUCACUCACUAUACUGACUCCUUUGGGAUGAACCUAAUUCAGUGGAACAAGGAGGUGUUUGGUAGCAUUUUCUUCAAAAAGAAAAGACUCUUUGCUAGAUUAGAGGGUAUCCAGAAGUCUCAAAGUUAUCCUUAUAGUACAUUCCUCCAAAAUCUAGAAGCCAACCUUCAGGAUGAUUAUGAUGAUAUUCUUAGACAAAAAUCUGAAUUUUGGAGACUUAAAUCUAGAAUAUCUUGGCUUAAUGAAGGCGACUCUAAUACAAAAUUCUUCUACAUAUCCACUCUUAAUAGAAGAAGAAGGAAUAGGAUCCUUUCUCUCAAGGAUGCAGUAGGGAAUUGGAUCCAAGAUACUAAGGGCAUUAAAGAGAACAUCACUAAUUAUUAUCAGAACCUUUUCAGUACUGAUCCGACCACAUCCCCUCUUCUAUGUGCUACUAACCCUUCCAUCAGAGGUGCUUUGACCCAUGAGGAGAAAGAAAUUCUUAGAACACCCUUGACCAUUAAAGAAAUUAAACAGGCAGUGUUCUCAUUCAAAUCCUAUAAAGCACCAGGACCUGAAGGCAUGCACCCUUUUUUGUACCAAAAAUUCUGGUCAACCAUUUCAAAUCCCCUAAUUGACUUUUGCAAGAAGACUUUCACCACUUUAAACAUGGAUAAGCAAAUUAAUCAUACCUACAUUUUCCUCAUCCCUAAGCGUGAUAAUACUACUAUGUUGAAGAAUUUUUAG